AUGGGCUUCCAGCAUUCGCGGUCUAUUCUCUCUCUCGCCGCGGCCCCCCGCUCGGCCUCCCAUAUGUCGUCCAACGAGAGUCUACAAAACAACCACAUGGACGCAGCCUCGACGGACGUUCUCCUGGCCCUGACCGCUCCGGAGCCUGUGGUGCGGUAUGUCGAGCAGCGGGUCCGAUCCGCCGGCCUGAGAGUGGCACGGGUCCCUGCCACGGCCACCGUGCUGAGAGUCAGCGCGCCCUCAGCGACCCUCGAGCGCGAGGCGGAGCACCUCGAGCUAGAAAAGCGCCUGCGGCCAGAGGCUCGGUCGUGCGCGAGCGAGCGGCACUGGCCGAUGCGCGAGUUUGUGUUGGCGCAGCGGGCCGAUUUCGCUGGAGCGGGAGAGGGCGGCUUCUUCACGCCGUCUGAGCGGGUCUUCCUGGUGACCGCGCUGCUGGAGGCCGUCCCCGUCGACAACGCCUCCUUCUCCGCCGCGCUCGCCGCUGGCGCCGUUCGCGAGGUCCCUCCGCGCCACCUGUCGUCGCUGCUACGCGCCCUCGCCUCCGUCGGCUUGCUCGGCGAGGUGAGCGCCGCACACUGCGCCGGCCGGCUCGAGGGCUGGCGACGGUCCGUCGGGCUGCUGCGCGAGUGGGCGUGGCUCCGCUCGUCCGAGCCUCUCGCCCUCGAUGCGAUCCGCGACUACUGGGGCGAGAGGACGGGCUUCUUGUUCGCCUGGCAGGCCUUCUACGUCCAGGCGCUGGCCCCGCCCGCGGCCCUCGGCCUCUGCAUCUGGUGGCGCCGCCCGAAAGGGACGAGCGUCGACGACGACAGCGCGGUGCCCGUCUUCUCGCUGUUUUCCGUCGUGUGGGCACUCCUCUUCUCUGUGCGGCGGCCCGAGUUCGUCGGCCGCGAGGUUGUCUCGGAGAUCACGGGGGAGGUCGAGCUAGUCGAGGGGCGCGGCAGCCGCGCGCUCCGCUACGCCGCCUCGCUUUGCGUGUCGCUGGCGUGCCUCAUCGUCCCGCUCGCGUACAUGUUCGUCUCGCUCAACCUGCAGGACUCGCUGCGGCACGACGAGACUGCCCGAGAUUGCCUGAGAUUGCCCGAGAUUGUCAUCUUCCUGCUCAACAAGGCGGCACGACGAGAUUGCCCGAGAUUGCCUGAGAUUGCCCUCCUCCUGCUCCACCAGGCGUACAGGCACGAGGCGCACGACAACUCGCUCAUCGUCAAGCGGUUCCUGUUCGAGGCCUUCGACUGCUACAUCGCCCUCUUCUACAUCGCCUUUGAGCUCCGCGACGUGGACCGCCUUCGCGUCGAGCUCGUCUCGCUCUUCUCCACAGACGUCUUCCGGCGCGUCUUCACGGAGGCGGUCCUCCCGCUGCUGAUGCAGCGGCUCUCGCGACGCAGGCAUGCCGCCGCCUCCGCCGCCGCCAAGAAAGAGGACGGCGGCGCGGGCGGCGGCGGCACGGACGGCGGCAGCGGCGACCUCGAGCUCGACGAGCACGAGGACUUUGACGACUACCUCGAGAUGGUGAUCCAGUUCGGCUACAUCACGCUCUUCGCCUCGGCCUUCCCUCUCGCCUCCGCACUCGCCCUCGCGUGCAACGGGGUCGAGCUCUACUCGGACCUCUUCAAGGUGAGCUACCUCUGCCGCCGGCCCCGCCGCCCUCGAGUGAGCGGCAUCGGCACCUGGCUCGGCCUGCUGUACGUGCUCGUCGUAGCCUCCAUCUUCACAAACGCAGUCCUCAUCGCCUUUGCGAGCGACCAGCUGGCGCCGCUCCUUCCGCAGCUCUUCGACGCGCGGCAGCGGCAGGUGGGGCAGUGGCCGUCUGGCAUCGUCCUGCUGCUGGUCGCGGUAGAGCACGGCCUCCUCCUCCUCCUCCUCGCCACCGAGGUGACCCUUCCGCGCCCUCCGCGCUGGGUGCGACUCACUCUCGCCAGGCGCGAGCACGAGGCGCUCCUCGCCAAGCGGCGGCUUCUCCUCGAGGCGCCCGUCGUCGCGACGCCGCUGGGAGACGUUAUCGAGGCGACGCCGGUUGGGGGCGGCGGCGGCAGCAAGAGGUAGUCGCCCGCAGGGCGUGCGUGUGUGCCCCC